AUGCAUGAUGUUUCAUAUCUAUCAAUCUAUUACAUUCUAUUAACAUCUAACUAUCUCUCUAUCUAUCUAUCUCAGUCUCUUCUAUCUAUUUAUCGAUAUUCAUUAUAUAAGUGUCUGAUUCAAGUUAUAUCUAUCUAUCUAUCUAUCUAUCUAUCUAUCUAUCUAUCUAUCUAUCUAUCUAUCUAUCUUAAUUAUCCAUCUAUCAUAUCUCCUAGACCACUUCAUUCGCUGCCAAAUGGCCCAGCUGAUAGUGAAGCGGCCUCAUAUAACAGAGAAGGCCAGAGGAACCAUCCUAAUAUCUCUUCUUCUUCUUCUUCUUCUUCUUCUUCUUCUUCUUCUUCUUCUUCUUCUUCGUUUCUUUUUAUUUCUUUUUAUUCCUCUUACCUCUCCGCUUACCUCUCCUUUCUAUUUUCCCUUACACCUUUUCUCAACACUUCCCCCAUUGCAUCUCUUGCCUUCUUUUUUCCUCUCCCUCUCUUUCUAUCCGGCGUUUGA